AUGGACGAUUCACUGUAUUUAUUCUGUUCGGGCUUAGUCAUUGCAGCCCUCGUUUGGCUCUUCAAUCCUUUCAGAAAACUGGAAAGCCUGAUGGGUGCUAAACUCCCCGAUGGCGUGCGCUCGUUCGACGACAUGCCAGGGCCUAAGGGAUGGCCGUUGUUCUUUGGCGACAUAUUCAGCUACCUUAAGGACGCUGACUUCAAACAACAGAUAGCACAGCUUAAAAGUAACUUUGCGAAGUACGGACCGAUAUUUAAGAUGACCAUUUUUGGGAGGACUGUUGUUUUAAUACAAGACCCCGAGGAUGUGGAGAUAGUAAUCAAAGCUGAUGGUAGAUAUCCGAUGCGACCGAAGCAAGCAUUAACAGCACUGGAAAAAUACAUGAAAAGUAGAGGAAGACCUAAGACUAUAGCGCUUCGGUAAGAUUCAACAAUUCUUGUGAAAAAGAUGCCCAUAAACUGGGCACGUCACCGCAAAUAAUGUGAUCCGAAUUUAAUCCCCUUAUUUUCAUUUAGCGUCGAAUGCGUUUCCUGAUUUUGGGUCGGCAUGUGUCCUUAAAACGCGGGGUUGGGGCCGGGGGCCGGGGUCCGGAUCUAUCUAGGGGGCGUCGAUAAAACCCGGAACAUGGAACAUUCCGGAACAUUCCGUAACAUGCCGGAACAUUCCGGAACAUUCCGGAACAUGAAAAAAUAAAAAUAAUUUUCAUGAAAAAAAUAUAACAAAAUAAUAAUAAUAAAAUAAUUUUUGUAAAAAUUAAUAAUAACGUAAAAUAACAAAAAAAAAAACGAAAAAUAAUGAAAUAAUCAAGAAAAAGAUACUGGUAUCCUCUCUGAGUAUGAGAAAACAAUAUUUUGUCGCAACAAAUUAAAAUUUGUUGGGCGAGUGAGGGUUCAUGCAAAUGACAGUAAUGAGUGAAGGCUUGCUUCUAAAUUCAAAAUAUAUUAAAAUGGGUCGCGAGGAGGGGGGUUUUCAAGCUUUCCUCACACAGCCACCUCUUGUAAUUGUUUGCCAUAAGUUAAUCAUUUGGCGGUUAACUAUUUGCGGUUCUGCAAUGGUCUGAAAUGUCGGUGCAGUAUUUCAUGUCAAGCCAAGUCGGUAAGUAGCUCAUUUCAAGCCAACAUAUAGUCUCCUUAUAUUAUAUUAACCGACAUUUGCUUACUUGGGGUGCUUUGCUUCACUUGAGGUUGACAUGAAUUACUUACAGACUAGGCGGCUCUGUGAACUUAAGAAGAGUAUAGGGGCUUUUGUCUUUGGAUUUUAGUGGACAAUACUCACAUUCGUAGUAGUUUCUAUACUGUUUACAGUCAGCAUGAUAUUUCAGACGUCUCCUCGCGUCGCAAGAGGAGUUUGUGGGGAGACGGCUAAAAUUCAGGCUAACUGAUAACAGUUAGAAACUAUCGCUGCGCUACCACUGCCACUGCAACGUGAAUCCUUAAUUUAAUUAUCCAAGUCCAAAGCGAUGACCCCCUAAGCUCUUCUUACGGUCGCAAAGCCGUAAAUGGAUAACCGUUAAACCGCAUGGCAAACAUUUACAAGUGGUGGCUGUGUGAGGAAAGCUUGAAAACCCCCUCCUCGCGACCCAUAUUUUAAUAUAUUUUGAAUUUAAAAGCAAGCUUUCACUCAUUACUGUCAUUUGAAUGGACCCUCACUCGCCCAAAAAAUUCAUUGUGACAAAAUAUUGUUUUUUCAUACUCGGAGAUGAUACCAGUUUCUUUUUCUUUCUUUCUUUCUUUGUUUGUUUCUUUAUUUUUCGUUUUUAAGUUAUGUUAUGUUAUUUAUUUUGUUAUUUAUAAAUUUUUGCAAAAAUUGUUUUCUAUCUAUUGUUCUUUUUAUUAUUUAUUUAUUAUUAUUAUUAUUAUUAUUAUUAUCAUUAUUUAAUUAAUUAAUUAUUUUUUCAUAAAAAAAAAUAUUUCAAUUUUUUCAUGUUCCGGAAUGUUCCGGAAUGUUCCAGGAAUGUUCCGGGAUGUUCCAUGUUCCGGGUUUUAUUGACGCCCUCUAUCUAGGGCCCAUUAUUAUAUCUUUUGAGGCCGUCGCUAAAGUAUUCAUGAACCACGCUCAUAUGUAGUGGUCCCUAUAAUGACCGGCUCUGCUUGUGACGUCAUCAGACUAGGACACCCACAAUAUAACGUCACCGGCCACUACAGAAAUCGCAUUUUUAAGGCUGGUUUUCACCAGAGACGGAGUUGGAGUUAGUAGCGUAGAACUUUACAAUCUAAUGAAAACAGCGUUAUGAUUCCGCUUAUGACUCCAUCGUUUAUGAUAAAGUGAAAACUAGGUUGUUGGAGGCACAAGCAGAAGCCGAAGAACUAAACCAAACACAAAGUGUGGGAGUGGCAUUGUGAUUGGUUUAUCCUUCCACUUCUGCUUCCGACUCCGACAAUCUGGUUUUCACCAGAUCGUAACCGACAGGGUCAUAAAUGGAGUUGGAAGAAAAUGGAAACUUUCUGAUUCUUCCAACUCCACUUACGACUCCAACUCCGACUCCACUGCAAGUGAAAACCAGCCUUUACAGCACAGGAAAAAAUAACGGUUCCCAUUUUUGGAUAUUUUAGGGUAUUUAAAGAAUACCCACUAAAAUCCCAAAUUUGGAAGAGUGAGACAAGUCCCAAUCAGGGAACUUGGUUGGGAAUUCCCUGGUUGGGACUUGUCUCACUUUGCCAAAUUUGGGAUUUUUAUGGGUAUUCCUAAAAUAUCCAAAAAUGGGAAUCUGUUAUUUUUUCCUGUGCAGAGAAACAUACAUUUUGGCUCAAUAUAUUUAGCAUUAUCACGAUCCCAAUAUGAAUGAAAAAAAUUUUGAGUAUGGAUUGUUCAUUUGAAUAAAACCUGCAGAAAAGAGAACAAAUAAAAUGAAAAGUGUGUUUUUCGGACAUAAUUUUUCUAUUUUUUGAAUUUUCUCCAAAAGCAUGCUUACGUUUCUCAGAAACGGGUUACUUUUUGACCGAUUUUGUCUACCUUUUGUCUGUUUGAAAAAUUUGGUGUGGGGUGCUUUCAUCAGAAGGCUCUCAAAUUUAAAAAAAUUCCUGUGAUCAAUGACACUUUAAACCAAAGAUAUAUAAAACUGAAAAACAUUGUGACUGGUCUGGAUUGAAUUUUGGGGAGCAAGGGUGCAUGGCGCAAUGGAGAUAGCACUCCCCUGCCACCAAUGUGGCCCGGGUUCGAAUCCUGGUGUCAAUUUUAUAUGUGGGUUAAGUUUGUUGUUGGUCCUCUCCCUUGCUCUGAGAGGUUUCCUCCGGGGACUCUAGUUGUUCCCUCUCCUUAAAAAACAACACUUCCAAAUUCCAAUUCGAUCUGGAAUGCACGGACACGUUUCAAGUUCUUAAAAACUCCUAAGUGCUCCAUGGGUAAAUAAAUUACAAUUUAUAAUGUUUCUUUUUUACAAUUCCAUAUAUGUGCCUAAUUGUUUGUCUGUUAAAUUAUUUUCCUUGUGAUUGUCUUUAGGGAGGGAGUGGAGUGGAACCGAAUGCGCAAAGCUCUAGCACCAAAAAUGCUGCGACCUAAAGACAUACGUGAGAACAUGGAAAACUUUACUGCUGUAACUAGGGAUGCUAUAGAGCACAUGGUGUCUAUACGAGGAGCUGAUAUGGAGAUUCCAGAUCUUGGCAAAGAACUCGCCCAGUGGGCUACAGAGUGUAAGUGCUCACUGGGAGCUGGGGCACUAAUACAAUGAUCACACAAAGCAUUUAAAUUGAACCUCCAUUAAGCAAGCACCUGUUAAGCAGCCACCCACUACUAAGUGGUUAAAUGACACCUCUAUUUCUAUUAUGUGACCACCUCCAUCAAGCAGCUGUGGCCACCUUUUGGCCAUCCCGACAAGAGUUUUUCUAUUGUUGUCACCUCUAUCAAGUAGCCAUUAAGACUUAAGUGCUUCAUACACUUAUAUAAUUUGGCUUUAUAUUAAAAACAUGAUGAAGGAAAAUACAGUCCCGGUUAGGAAGGUGACGUCUGAUUAUGGAUCAGUGAUGCCACUCCCAUUGCAUCUUUUUUAAAAAAUAAUGUGAUGUUUCUGUUAAAGGUUAUGCUAUUUUAUGACAACCUCUAUUGUGCGGCCAACCUCUUUUAAGCGGCCACUUGCCGACACCUUGAGGGUGGAUGCCUUAUGGAGGUUCAAAUAUACUUGUUUUCAAAUUCUUUCCCUGGGAAACCUGCUGUAGCUGCUUGUAAGCCCUUAAUUGCCUCUAAACUUGAAGGGACGUAGAAGAUGUAAGCAGGUUUUUGGUGGUAGUAACAGCCUUUGCUCAGCAGUCUGAUAGAGUUUUACUUAGGGCCUGGUUACCUUGACUACUGUAGAUGUAAUGGCAAGAUCAAGAGAAAGAAAAUUGAAAUAAUAGGAUCUAAAAUGUUAAAAGAGUUAUGUGAAAGUAAAAAUCCUAAUUAAAUCUGUAUUCCGCUUUUAACAAUUUUUGUUCAUAACCCGAAUAUCCAUUAAAAAAAUACACAAAUUCUCCAGACUGAUACAUUUCUUUCAAAAAGUAAUUGAGAGAAUUUAGUAAAAGAUCAAAGCAUUUUUCCUUUGGUGAUCAAUUUAUUAAUUCUCAUAACCUUUUCUUUUGAUGAUGUAUGAAUUUAAUGUUAGGAGAGAUUUAAUGUUGGUCACUCUCGGAACUUGAAGUGAGCUCAGCUCCACUCUUUUAGCCGUAGGUACCAUGGCGUUUGACGUAAGAGUUGGACUGUAUGAUGACCCACCCAACAAAGACACAGUCAAAAUGGUUCAAAGCACCAUGGAUUCCUUUGCACUCAUGGGAAAGUUGAGUAGAGGAUGGGAAAGCCUGUUUUGGAGAUUCUUCACGACGCCAACGUACCGGAAAUUCUGUGAAGCUACAGAUACCUCAUUCGCCAUGAGCCAAAAGAUUGUGGACAAUAAAGUUGCGGAAUUGAACAAAAUGGCUGAAGAAGGAGGGACGUUUGAUGACAAUCAAAGUGAGUGUAACUUCAUAAAGUAUACUGUGAUAUGCUAGCAAUAACCAAAGGUUAGGGAGUCCGGGCAAGUUUCAGGCUUCUGA